AUGGCCGGACUGGAUCGUAUACUGGGGAAAUAUACGGACCCAGACACAGGAAGCAUUCAUGGCGCAACUUUUGUAGCCGUCGACGAGAAAGGCAACGACAUCUACCGCAAAUCAUUCGGCCAUUGCAAAGUCAACUCCAAGAAUGGACCAGCACUCACACCGGAUACAGCGACAUGGAUAGCGAGCCUGACAAAGCUCACCACUUCCGUGGCGGCAAUGCAGCUCGUCGAAAGGGGAUUGAUUGGGUUAGACGAUGACGUGCGCAACGUGAUUCCUCAGCUGCAGAACUUGAAGGUGAUUAUUGGCUUUGAGGGCGAAGGUGACCAGAGCCCAAAAAUCAACACAGAGACGCACCAGGGAGGACCGAUACUAGAGGACGUCAAGGGGCCGAUUACUCUGCGUCAAUUGUUGACACACUCAUCGGGAUUUUGCUAUGAUCUGCGGCAUCCCCUCUUAGUCAAGUACUCCGAGUGGGCUGGCCGGCAAGAAAACAUGUUCUCUGGAACAAUCGAGGGGCUGUAUCACCCACCCGUUUUCCAACCAGGCACUUCAUGGGAAUAUGGGCCGGGGCUUGACUGGGUAGGUCAAGUCAUAGAGAAGCUUACAGGUAUGAACUAUAGCGAAUACCAACAGAUAAACAUCUGGGAGCCACUAGGUGCGAAGGACACAACAUUUUAUCCCGCCAAAUGUGGCGUUACCGAAGGGGAUAUCCAUGAAUUAGCAUUUCGUGCUGAAGGAGAACGCUCACAGAACUUGAAAGCUGGGCCAUCGCCUUGGAAAUUCGAGUGCCGCGAUGCUCUCGGUGGAGCCGGUUUAUUCUCCACUGCUAAUGACUACAGUAAACUCCUGUCUGCAUUACUGGCUGGUGGAGGACCUUUGCUGAGUGAGGCAUCCAUCGUUGAACUUUUCAGCCCACAAUUAGGCGUCAGUUCGAUGGCGGCUUUACGAGAAUUUGUGGUUGGUGAAGGUCCAGAGGGUGGCAAAGCAUGGCUUUACACGCAGUCCCCUGAGGAAUGGAAAGAUGUCAUGGAAAUCAGGCAUUGCUUGUGUGGACUUUUAAACUCCAAAGACGUCGCUGGACGCAGGAGAAAAAACACCGUUAACUGGGACGGACUACCGAACUUGGUCUGGUUCAUUGAUCGUGAGAGCGGUGUAGCCGCCACUCUCUUUACUCAAACCAUGCCUAUCGAUGAUCCGCCCCUCAGACAGCUUGUUCUAGAUUUGGAAACUGCUCUUUAUACAAUGAUUAACAGCACAUAA